GUUAACAAACGUCUUUUCAUCGGCCAAAGGACUUUGAAUCCAGGUCAGAAAUAAAUAAUAAAAAAAACGUCUUUUCAUUUGACAAUUACGUUUUCGUUUUAAAUAGGUUACAAUAGUUUAUUUACUUCCGUAUUGCCGCGAAAACUUGCAUAAAAUGAAUGACAAACUUAUAAAAUAUUAAGGUGAUAAUAUUAAUAGAAUACUGUUAUGCCGCGUGUUAAGAUUGACUACGUUGUUAGUGUAAGCAGCGAAGAUCCAGAUCACCCGGCCAGCAAUCUGCUCGCCAGCGAGGUGAGCAAGCGACGCUGGCUGUGCAGUGCUGGCGCGGGCGAGGGCGCCGUGCUGCUGCAGCUGCAGCGCGCUGUCACCAUAUGUGGUGUCCAUAUCGGAGCACACCAGGCCGCAUUCGUGGAGGUGCUGGUGGGCACUGCAGACCGGCCCGUCGACCAGUAUGAGGUGCUGGUGCCACGCUGCAUGUUCUCGGGUCCGGCGGAGUGCCGGCGGGCGGGCGCGGGCGCGGCCGGUGCUGCAAGUGACCGCGUGCGCAGCUUCAACGUGGAGCAGCUGGCGGAGGGCGCGCGCCGGCGCCGCUGGGACCGCGUGCGGCUGCUCUGCUCGCAGCCGUACAACAAGCACUGCCAGUUUGGACUCUCUUUCAUUCAUAUUUAUGAACCGGAACCACAGCCCCCGCCCCGGCCCCAGCCCCCAGAGACUUGUCUCUCCCUCGGGAACUACUCCUCGGACGAGGACGAGUUCCGGCCUGGGGCAUUGUUCGCUAAAUAUCGACAGAGUCUGAAGCAGAACGACGACAACGUCAGUAGUUGUAACUCAGAUGCCCAAAUAAGAAAAGCGUCCGCGCAAGCAUUGAAAAAUAUACCAGAUGCGGACACGAGACUCAAGAAAACUGCAAUAGAAAGCGGCGGCGAGCGAACACCGCGCCGAGCUGCGGCCGGCGACCAGCGCGAGGUGCUGCGCGGCGUCGUGUUCGCAUUGAGCGGCUUCGUCAACCCCCAGCGUGCGGCGCUGCGGGACCUCGCCCUCGCCCUCGGCGCCCGCUACCGCCCCGACUGGACCCCCGACUGCACGCAUCUCGUGUGCGCCUUCCCCAACACGCCCAAGUUGAAGAAAGUGGUAGCGAGCGCGCCCCACGCCCACGUCGUCAGCGCCGACUGGCUGCACGCCUGCCAGCGGACCCGGCGGCGCGAGCCCGAGGCGCCCCACGCGCCCCGCGCACCCCACACGCCCCGCGCGCCGCGACAUAAACACCCCGCGCCCUCGCCCGCACCGCCCCGCGCGCCCCGCACACACCGCGGUUCGUGCACUCAACUACAGCAGUCUUAUUCACGAUCAGACCGAACACAGGGAAAGUGA